AUGGUCUCAGGUUUAUACAUAAGCACAAUGAAGAAGAAUGACAGCAAGUCUACUACGAGUAUUGACGAGCAAGAUGACAUCUGUGUCCCAGGCUCCAAGGAUCCAGGAGAGCUUCAAAAUAUGUUGGAUGAAGGAGAGUAUGCCCCUUUUGUAUCUCCUCCCAUAUUAGAGAGCAGUUUUAUCCAGGUCAACAGGAGAGGUGAAUCCAUUUACCUUCAUAACCGAGCCAACUGGGUGACUGUAGGCAUCUGCUCUUCCAGUCCCACCCUCAAGACCCCCAACGUGAUGCUGUUGGCACAUCUGACACCCGCCGCCCAGAAAGAUUCAGAACCCCUUUUUAAAAGUCUUCUGACAUCUCCUUCUCCGGAGAAUCUGGUGCUCACCAGGUUUCUCCCUCUGCAGUUUGUGACUCUUUCUGUGCAUGAUGCUGAGAAUAUGCGCAUCAAAGUAAAGCUGGUGAGUGGCCGAGCCUACUACCUACAGCUCUGUGCCCCUGCAUGCAAGCAAGACACCCUAUUCCGUCAGUGGGUGGAACUCAUCUCCCUCUUGAAUGAGGAGAAAGCCAAAGCUUCCAAAGUGUCAGAAGUCUUCAGCCUCUCAGAAAUCAAAAACAGCACAGACAUCACAGGGGCAGUGGACAUCACAGAUAUUGCAGCCUUCACAGCUGUACAGACCCCACACCUGUACACAUGUUCAGACCUCAUCAAUGGCAUAGAAAGCAUUGAUUUCUCAGAAUUCACGGACAUCACCGAUGUCACCGAUGUCACAGAUACUCCAGAAAAUGAGGUCACCGAGGCCCCAGAUAUAAGGAUUGUCACAGAAGUCACAGAAGUCACGGACAUCUGCAAUGUCACAGUGGUGUUUGAAAAUGAUGACAUACUCAGGGCCAAGCGGGAGGAAGAGGAAAAAAUGGAAAAUAUUCUGAAGGCUGGUUGUCUACAAUAUACAAAAAUUAAGAAUGAGUUUAGAGAAUCCUCAAAACAUGUCACCAUCUCAAACCUAAUGCUAACUUUCGAAGGUGAAAGAUGUUUUCAAACUACCUUGACUCCAGAAGAAGGUGAGACAAAUAAAUCCAAAGAGAUGAGCGAUAGGCCCUCUGAAAUAAGGCCAACAGACUCUAAAAGCACGGCUCUCAAGGCUGAAGAAUCCAGGAGCAGGAGAACUGAUUCAGACACUUCAGUGAUCUCUCUUCCACCUUGUCCCAGUAUUUUCUGGCUCUCUCCUCUCCUGUCAAAUCCUCUUCUAAUUUCCUCAGUCUUGUGCCUCAUCUGUCCUCCCUUUCUCAGGGGAAUACAUGUGAAGAAAGGAAAGUAA